UCACUCUCUCACACUCACACACAGAGGAUUUUUAAUGAAGAUGAAGAUGAAGCCUCACAUUUCUGCAAGAACAUAAAAAUCUGUUUACAACCUCGACCGCUCUGAAGAUCCUGAAAAACAUCCGCUGCACGGAGACGCUCGCGUCUGCGUUUGUUUCGUCCUCUGCAGGAUGCACAUGAAUAACGUUUUAAAUCAGUGGAUGGACAUCUCCAGGAUGUGCGAUGUGGACGUGUCCUCAGAACCCACCAGUCCCACGCUGUACGGCGAGUCUUCGGACAAGUACUUCCACGUGGACCGAUGGCAGAAGCUCCGCACCGCCGUCCGCAAACUGGAAUUCUGGGAGAACUUCACCGCCGAGCUCAUCGGAAGUGGCUUCUUCUCCAAAGUCUAUAAGGUGACAAACUGCACCAGUCGUAAAGUGAUGGUGGUGAAAAUCUACAAAAACGACGUGGACCAGGACAGCAUCGUACGAGAGAUCAGUCUGCUGCAGAAACUGUCGCAUCCGAACAUCGUCAGAUAUCUGGGAAUCUGUGUCAAAGAAGACAAACUCUAUCCGAUCUUAGAGUACAUGAACGGAGGUUGUCUGGAGGAACUUCUGGCCAGGAAAGAUGUUCCUCUGAGCUGGAGAGAGAAGGUGGACCUGGCCUGUGACAUCAGCAGAGGAAUGAUCUACCUGCACUACAAGAACAUUUACCACAGAGACCUCAACUCCAAGAACUGUCUGAUCCGGGUCACGUCUCGGGGUCGCGAGGCUCUGGUCACAGACUUUGGUUUGGCCAGAGAAGUGGUGGAGCUGCCGGUGAAAGAUCCCGGCAGGAAGCUCUCGCUGGUGGGAUCGGCGUUCUGGAUGGCCCCUGAGAUGCUGCGAGGAGAACCCUACGACCGCAAGGUCGACGUUUUCUCCUUUGGCAUCGUGUUGUGUGAAAUCCUGGCCCGGAUUCCUGCUGAUCCGGAGAUUCUUCCCAGAACACAGGAUUAUGGUCUGGAUGUGAAGACCUUCACACAGUUGGUCAGUGAUUGUCCUCAGUGUCUCCUGGACUUGGCAGAGAGCUGCUGUUUGUUGGACUCUUUCAGACGACCGGCAUUCACGGAGCUGCUGGACGAGCUGGGAGAAGUCGCCGAGACUCUGGAGCCUCCACUGCCAAAAAGUGAUCUGACCACGAGCUGAGCAGCAGCAGGAAACUCCGCCCACAUUCAGAACCUGAGAGUCCGGCAUUAACGGUCACUCUGUUUUCCAGAUCAGGAACCUGGACUGAACCUGAACCUGAACUCCAGACAAACACCCAGUCAGGUGUGGAGUUCUGCGUGACAUCACUCUCCUCCACUGCACCACAGCGUGUCCAUUUGUUUUCACUGAGCUGGUGAAACAUUUUCACAACACUGUUUUUAGUAUGAACGUCGCAGUGACGUCAUGCUUUACAUGUGCAGUCAACGCGCUAUGGUGGCCUGUGAGGAACCUGUGAGACACUUUUACAAAGCAGCUGCAGACGGAUUUACAUUCAGAGCAAAGAAAAACUAUAUUUCACAAAACAAGUUUAUAUGAUGA